CAUCCAGUCCGUCGCCCUCGCUCCUUCCCUCUCUGCACACACCCCCAGCAGGUGCUUUCUCUCCUGGUUCAGUUUGCAGUUGUGCUUUAGGGCCGUGACUCCCAGAUAAACGCCAGGGAAGGUCUGCGGCCUCGGGCCGUCAGUUCUGUGACACUGAGUCACUCGGGAGGCUGAAAGGCGGCGGCCGCCCGCAGCAGCUUCGUCUUCAGGUGGCACCUGAGCAUCCUGCCCGUCACGGGACACGGCUCCGUUUGGCCAUCAGGGCAUCUUGACAGCAGGUCACAGCUAUGUCAAGUCAAGGCUUAUUAGAAGGAACCUAUGGGACCAGGAUGGGGAUGACGGAGGACACUCUCUCCCUCCUGGAUCGAAACCGGGGCUCCGCAGAACUGUGGGACAUGGCGGAGACCAAGCCCAGCAUGGAGGCCCUGGAGCGCAGCGUGCCGGGCCUCUACCUCUCCUGCUUUGACAUGCUGCUCACAGAAGAGACCACGUGGCUGGUGAAGGUCUCGGAGGCCCCCCCGACGCUGCCCGUGCCCAUGGCUCGUAUGGAACCCCAGGAGGAGCCCGAGCAGUGUCCCGUCAUCGACAGUCAGGAACAGGGACUGUCUCCCGGGCUGGAGGGGCAGGAGGAGGAGCGAUCCCUGGAGCAGGUGCAGAGCAUGGUGGUGGGAGAAGUGCUGAAGGACAUCGAAACAGCCUGCAAACUGCUGAACAUCACUCCAGACCCUAUAGAGUGGAGCACGGGGAACGUCCAGAAGUGGCUCCUGUGGACUGAACACCUGUACAGGUUGCCUCACGCGGGAAAGGCCUUCCAGGAGCUGACUGGAAAGGACCUGUGUGCCAUGAGUGAGGAGGAGUUCCGCCACCGCUCGCCACAGUGUGGAGACACCCUGCACGCUCACCUGGACAUAUGGAAGUCAGCUGCCUGGAUGAAAGAGAGGUGUUCAGUCGGAGAGACAAAAACUGCAGGCAACGAGGAGCUGUGGUCUGAGGCAGACUCCUCCUGUUCGGGUCAACCGAUUCAUCUGUGGCAGUUCCUCAGGGAGCUGCUGCUCAAACCCCACAGCUACGGACGCUGCAUCCGCUGGCUCAACAAGGAAAAAGGUAUUUUCAAAAUCGAAGACUCGGCUCACGUUGCCAGACUUUGGGGACUCCGAAAGAAUCGUCCUGCUAUGAACUAUGACAAGCUGAGCCGCUCCAUACGCCAGUACUACAAGAAAGGCAUCAUCCGCAAGCCCGACGUGUCUCAGAGACUGGUGUACCAGUUCGUCCACCCAGUAUGAGGAGCAGACGGAGGAAAUUCACAGAAGUUAAAAGGACUGACUUUCUCACGAUGCACUUGAGCGCUGAAGCCUUUGAAAACACGACACAAGACAAGUGCACUGACCGAUUCUGACAGCACAAACUUCACAAUGCUUCACGUGAAAUAGCAGCUGGCAGCAGCUGCAUGAUGAGCAACAUGCAGAUGUCUGAGUAGGGAAAUUUGCAAAAACUCAAAAAAGGAUUACAGUUGCUAGUUUUUUUUUCUUUAAAGAAGUAGUGGAGUUACUUCGCUGUUAAUCUAAACAUAAAGUAAAUAGUUAUUUGUUGGUGUAACUGUUGGGGAUUUGUGAACUUUGACCUGUUUAAGUUGACUGAAUCAGGCUCAUGAGAGUUUCAGCUGCACAGGCUCGGAGGGAUGCAAUUAUUAUCACUUUACACCCAUUUUUUGAAAGAAACAGAUCGAGGAGAAACAGCAACGAAACAGCUGAGGUGAAGCAUCAACGUGUAAACAGCAUUUAUACUGAAACAGAGUGACUAUAUUUUAAUCUCCAGAAAAAAAAAACCACUUAAAUUCAAACAUGGCUUGUCUGGGCUCAGGCCUCUUCCCUACAGCAAAACACAAAACAAAC